GCCGUCACAGUGCAGACAGAGGUUGUAAACAUGGCGGCGGACGGGAUGGUGCUCACCAACCACGACCAUCAGACUCGAGUGGGGAUUCUGACAGUCAGUGACAGCUGCUUCAAGAACUUGGCUGAGGACAGGAGUGGAGUCAACCUGAAGGACCUGGUCCAUGAUCCCUCACUACUAGGAGGAGUCAUAUCUGCCUACAAAAUUGUUCCAGAUGAGAUCGAUGAAAUCAAGGAAACUCUUCUGGAGUGGUGCGAUGAACAGGAGCUGAAUCUUAUUCUCACUACUGGAGGAACUGGCUUUGCACCACGUGAUGUUACACCUGAGGCCACCAGAGAGGUGAUAGAGCGAGAGGCCCCGGGUAUGGCUCUAGCCAUGCUGAUGGGAUCACUCAACGUUACACCACUAGGCAUGCUAUCCAGGCCUGUUUGUGGCAUUCGUGGUAAAACCUUGAUCAUCAACCUUCCAGGGAGCAAGAAGGGCUCCCAGGAGUGUUUUCAGUUCAUUCUGCCAGCUCUGCCUCAUGCCAUCGACCUGCUGCGUGAGGCCACGGUCAGGGUUAAGUCCACACACGCCGCCCUGGAACAGCUGCCAUCCCCUUCUCCUCUGCUGGCCAACACGCACACCAACACGCACUCUAACACACACACCAUGGAGCGUGGCACCCAGUGCGAGGAAGAGGAGGAGGAUGAGGAGGAGGACCGGAGGAGAGGUCGACAUGCGCACAACCACCACCACCACCAGCAUGGCUCCUCCCACAUCACCGCAGCCGCUAUCGCUGCCAAGACAAGCCAUGCUGUGGUCAUGGCUAAGGGGGGUCCCUACCUGCCUGGCAACACACCCGCCCCUCCCUCUCAUUUCACCUGCUCCUGUACUCAUGACCAGCAGAUCCCGGACUCGAUCAUUUCUCGAGGCGUUCAGGUGCUUCCUCGAGAUUCGGCCUCUUUAAGCUCCACCCCUUCCGAGUCACCACGGGCAACACAGGCAACCUCCCGCCUUUCCACCGCCUCAUGCCCGACACCUAAGGUUCAGUCACGAUGUGGCAGUAAUGAGAACAUUCUGAGAGCCAGCCACAGUGCAGUUGACAUCAGCAAAGUGGCACGUCGUCACCGCAUGUCCCCGUUUCCACUGACAUCAAUGGACAAAGCCUUUAUCACUGUUCUAGAGAUGACACCUAUUCUGGGGAUCGAAGUCAUCAACUACAGAGAUGGUUUGGGGCGAGUGCUUGCUCAGGACAUCUAUGCCAAAGAUAACCUUCCUCCGUUCCCCGCCUCUGUUAAAGAUGGCUAUGCUGUACGAGCUGCUGACGGCCCUGGAGAUCGCUUCAUCAUGGGAGAAUCACAGGCUGGACAACAGCCAACCCAUACAGUGAUGCCGGGACAGGUGAUGAGGGUGACCACCGGGGCUCCGAUUCCCUGUGGGGCCGACGCUGUGGUCCAAGUAGAAGAUACAGAGCUGCUGAGGGAGUCUGAAGAUGGCACAGAGGAGCUGGAGGUGAGGAUUAUGGUCCAGGCCCGGCCCGGACAGGACAUCAGGCCGAUAGGUCAUGACAUCAGGCGAGGGGAGUGCGUGCUGGCUAAAGGGACACAUAUGGGCCCGUCAGAGAUCGGCCUGCUGGCCACUGUUGGAGUGACCGAGGUCAGCGUGCACAAGUUCCCUGUGGUGGCUGUCAUGUCCACUGGAAAUGAGCUGUUGAAUCCAGAGGAUGAUCUCCACCCAGGGAAGAUCAGAGACUCUAAUCGCUCCACUCUUCUGGCUACCAUCCAGGAACAUGGAUACCCAACCAUCAAUCUCGGCAUUGUUGGAGACAACCCUGAUGACCUGCUGUCAGCUCUCCAUGAGGGAAUCAGUCGUGCCGAUGUCAUCAUCACCUCAGGGGGUGUAUCCAUGGGAGAGAAGGACUACCUGAAACAGGUGCUGGAUAUUGACCUUCAUGCUCAGAUCCACUUUGGACGAGUCUUUAUGAAGCCAGGUCUUCCUACUACCUUUGCCACAGUUGACAUUGAUGGAACACGGAAACUCAUCUUUGCUCUGCCAGGUAACCCAGUGUCUGCUGUGGUGACAUGUAACCUGUUUGUGAUUCCUGCUCUGAGGAAGAUGCAAGGCAUUCUGGACCCUAGACCUACCAUUAUCAAAGCUAGGCUUUCCUGUGAUGUUAAGCUGGAUCCCAGACCAGAGUACCACCGCUGUAUUUUAACCUGGCAUCAUCAGGAGCCACUGCCCUGGGCACAAAGCACAGGCAACCAGGUAUCCAGCAGGCUAAUGUCAAUGCGUAGCGCCAACGGCCUGCUGAUGUUACCUCCUAAAACAGAGCAGUAUGUGGAACUGCAUAAGGGAGAGGUUGUGGACGUCAUGGUCAUCGGACGGCUAUGAUGCAGACUGAAAUGUCACUCGCUACCGAUUACCAUGGCAGUGCCAGGACUUCUUGUCUGGACAGGAAACGGGCGGGGGCAGGAAGUGAUGCAUGUCUACCUGGUCGCCAUUAGCUGUGAUGUCAUAUGCAACAGCCAAUCGGAGCCAGCGCAGGCUGAAUCCUCAUUGGUCUGCUCUGAGGAGAUCACUGUAUUUCAAUGGAGAAAAAAAAUGUGAAAAAAAUAUAUAAAAUAUGA